AAGCGGGGGGAGGGAGGGGCACAGUGGGAACGGCAGUGUGGCGGUGCUGGCACUGGAAGAAGGACAGUUGGAAAGCCUCUCUUCUCCUCUCUCUCUUUCUCUCUCUAUCUCUCUCUCACGCACUCUAUCCCAUUCAUCCACAUUUCCUUCGUUCUUUCUCUGUUGGUUUCUUUGUUUUCUCCUCUGCCUUCUCCCUUUAUAAAGUGGCACGCAGAGCAGGACCAGAGCGAGUGACAAGGAGGGGAAAACGGGCAGGAUGCAGCGGCGCAGGUCGACGCCAGCCGGACUCUGGGCCCUGCGGUGGGCCCUGACCUGCGCCAUCGGCGCCAUCGCCGUCGGCGCGCUCGUGGCAGUCCACGUGUUCCUCCUGCCCUCCGCCGCCGUCCCCGACGCCUUCAAGCUCACCAAGCAACGUGAGGUGGGAUACCGGCGAAAGGCGAGCGAGCUCAGCUGGACGCAGGAGAUCGCGCCACCCCAACUUGCCAAGCUUAAGAUUUCCACUCAGAAGGUGGGCAGCAUGAGGGAGGGAGAUUCCGGUUUCGAGAAGCUGUGGAAGCCUCCUUCGAAUCGUUAUUUUGUGCCCUGUGUGGCUCCCAGCUCUUCUUAUCUUCCUCCAACGCGGUCAAGGGGCUACUUGCUAGUUCAUGCCAAUGGGGGGCUAAACCAAAUGCGGGCUGGGAUAUGUGACAUGGUAGCUGUUGCACGAUUGAUCAAUGCUACACUUGUUAUUCCUCAACUUGAUAAGAGAUCAUUUUGGCAAGAUUCUAGCAAUUUCUCCGAUGUGUUUGAUGAAGAACAUUUUAUCCGCACCUUGGCCAAUGAUGUUAAAAUUGUAAAGAAACUUCCUAAAGAAUUGAUGACAACUGCAAAAGCAGUAAUACAUUUCCGAAGCUGGUCAGGACUGGACUACUACCAAGAUGAGAUAUCACGCAAGUGGGAUAAUUACCAGGUUAUCAAAGCUGCUAAGUCAGAUUCACGUCUUGCAAAUAAUAACCUUCCUUCUGACAUUCAGAAACUUCGUUGCCGUGCUUUUUACGAGGCUCUCAAAUUUUCUCCACAGAUUGAGGCUCUAGGAAAAUUGUUGGUGGAGAGAAUGAGGUCUUAUGGUCGUUAUAUCACUUUGCACUUACGUUAUGAGAAGGACAUGCUUGCUUUUAGUGGGUGUACGUAUGGCUUGACACCUGCGGAAUCCGAUGAAUUGGCAAGGAUUAGAGAAAAUAUUUCCUAUUGGAAGGUCAAAGAAAUAGAUUCACAAGAACAAAGGGACAAAGGAUAUUGCCCAUUGACCCCAAAGGAAGUUGGGAUCUUUCUUUCUUCUCUAGGAUAUCCAUCAAAUACUCCAAUAUACAUUGCAGCUGGAGCAAUAUAUGGAGGGGACUCUCAUUUGGCUGAUCUACAUUCUCGUUUUCCCAUUUUAUUGAGCAAGGAGAAACUAGCAUCAGCUGAAGAGCUUGGACCUUUCAAAGAUUAUGCAUCUCAAAUGGCAGCAUUAGACUACAUUGUAUCAGUGGAAAGCGACGUCUUUAUCCCUUCAUACUCAGGGAAUAUGGCAAGGGCAGUUGAGGGUCAUCGCCGUUUCCUUGGUCACCAGAAAACUAUUAAUCCUGACAGAAAAGCUCUUGUUCAUCUGUUUGAUAUGAUCAACCAAGGAUCUCUUAAAGAAGGGAAGAAGCUGUCAAAUAUCAUCACAGAGAUUCAUAGAAGACGGCGAGGUUCUGCCCGCAAAAGGAAAGGUCCUAUUCCUGGCACGAAGGGCAUAGAGAGGUUUCGGUCCGAAGAAGUAUUUUACGAGAACCCUCUACCCGAUUGUUUGUGUCAGCAGCAACCUUAACAAUUGGCCGAUGGCUUGGCAAAUUCGACACGGUCCAGCUAAGCAUCUCGCAUGACCGAUGAGGUGUUGGAAUUCUGAUAGGGCUGUGGAUUUUGUACAUGUUUAAGCCUAUCAGCAAAGUGGAGAUCAAUCACAGGACCACUUUGUUGGGAGGAACUAAGGAAGUUGAUCUCGUUUUGUAUACCUGAAGAAAUAGAACCUGGUGGCUUGGAUGGAUGGAGGCUGCGAUUUGGCCAAAGCAACAACUGCAAUUGCUCACACCAUUGCUGCAACAUUUACAACACAAAUGUACCAUUUGGAAAGGACAAAACACACAGCAUUGGUUGUCUUCUUCCGUGUGAACUGCACUGUCAUAGAGAUUUCCAAAAUGCACUUGUCAUACAAAUUGCUACUAUUAAGCUGAAUGGUCAAAGAAUCUGAUUGACUGAC